AUGAAAGUCAUUAUCGCCUUUAUUAUUGCAGCUCUUUUGCAGUGCUGUAUUGCUCAGAAGGAGGAUAGACCAACUGCAAAUGAAAUUUCAGUAACUCGAGACUCCUUACUAAGUGCCAUUGCAUCAACCGAUUUGCAACUAGAACGAGAUAUCGUAAUAAGUAGACCAGCUACAAACGUUUGGCAAGAGAGGGAACUGAUUAUAACCACACCACCAGUGGAAACCAAGAAGGAACUAUUCCCAACUACAAGACCAAUAGAAGGCAGUAUGAAAUUAGUCACAGCUACAACCCCAAUAGAUAGCGAAAUGGACCUAUUUUCAACUAUACCGUCAAUAAAAACCAAGUGGGAACUGGGUCUAACUGCAACACCAAGAAGUAACAAGUUGGAGUUGGUGAUAAUCAGACCCCCAUUAAAAGACAAGGCGGAAUUGGUACCAAUUACAGGACCAAUAGCUACCAGGAGAGAACAGGUCUCAACUUUACCGUCUCUGGAAAUCGAGAGGCAGCCAAUAGAUACUCAGCGGGAACUGGUCCCAACUAUAACAACAAUAAGUACCAGGUGGUUACUGGUACCAACUACAACUUCACAAGGUUCCAGGAGGGAACUGGACCAAACUACAACACCAAUAAGUACGAAGUGGGAACUGGUCCCAACUACAACUUCAAUAGGUUCUAGUAGAGAACUGGUCGAAACUACACCGACACUGGAAACAAAGAGGCAGCUGGUCGCAACUACAACGCCUACAGGUACCAAUAGGCAGCUAAUCCCACCUGCAACUCCAAUGGGUACCAAGUUGGAGUUGGUCAUAACUAGACCGCCAAUAGAGACCAAGAAGGAAUUGUUCUCAACUAGAAUUCCAGUAGAUAUUAAAAGGCAGCAGGUCGCAACUACUACACCAAAAGAGGUUAGGAGACAACUGAUCCCAAUUAAAUCAGUAUCAGAAACCAAAGCAGAGCUCGUCAGAACUACAACACCAAAGGAAACCAAUAAAAAACUGGUCAGAACUACAACACAUGAGGAAAUAGUCAUUGCUGCAACACCCAUAGGAAUCAAGAAAGACCUUAUAACGACAACCCCAUUGAGCCAAAUAACAAGUUAUUUAUCUCCUGUCGUAACAACAAUAUUGAGCCCUACAAUGUCCACUCCCGAUCUCGCUGAAAAACCUAAAAAAUUACGCAAAUACCCCAAGUACAGACUUAAGGCGAGGCGACGUCGCACUACAACAAAGCAACCCUUCCAUGUUCCCAAAACAAGCUGA